AUGCUCACAGACAGAACGUGCGCCUGGGUAGCUGAGCGGGCUCUAUUCUCCCACUUUGUCUUCAUGUACGCAUCGCCUUGGCCUAUGGAACUACCACUCGGCCUUAGGCGGAAUAUAAAACACUUCGCCUACCGCCCGAUGAAACUUGAUCACGGUUCCUCUCAUGUUCUCAACCUGACUGCCAUUCGUCGACAGUUACUAUAUAUCACCACAAUACACAUUGUGAUCCCACAGAAGGCGGAGAGAGACUUGCAUGGAAUUACGACUGAUGACAGGAUAUUGAUGCAUAUUGCCCUCCUCUUCCUCAUGCGCUACCGAGUCGCUAUCGUCGGACAGGCCGAGCAGGACGGGCAUGGGGACAUUCAAUCGGGAAUGACCUUACGCCCAGUAAGGCAUGCACUGAGUGGGGUAAAAGGAUAUCGACAUCUCAAUAUGUUCUACCACCCUCAUGGCCAGGCUGUGCGGAAUUCAAUCAUUGAAUUUAGCCGUACGGAUGUCCUGUGGACGAGGGAGGAAGACCUUGGACUACUGGAAGACCGUAAACCAGUCGUUUCUCGCCUUGCAAACAUGGUCCCAAUGCUUAGAAUGAGGUGCUAUUUAUCGCUUGCGAGUGCGUGUAGCGGCAUUUAG